AUGCGCUUCACCGCCGCCCUCCUCCUCCUGCCCCUGGCCGCCAUCGCCAGCCCCAUCGCACAGCCCGACCUCGCUCCCCUCCAGGCAGCUCCCGAGGGCAACCACCUUGACGACUCGUACAUUGUCGUCUUCAAGAAGGGCGUCAAUCCCAGCCAGAUCGCGCUCCAUCUCAACGAUGUCGAGCAGAUUCACGGCGCCAACCCUCUCGACUCUUUCACUGCCGAUGGCGAUGUCGAGGAGGGCGGUUUGAGGCAUGUCUACUCUCCCCCGGGCCACAAGGCCGAGUCCGGUUUCUUUGGCUAUGCCGGCAAGUUCUCUCUCGACACUCUUCAAGCUAUUCGCUCUGCCCCCGAGGUUGCCUAUGUCGAGCGUGACCAGAUCAUGACCACCCUCGAGGUCCCCCGCGGUGUCGACGACGUCGAGGAGGUUUCGGGAUCUUCCGCUGGUAUCACCACUGAGCGUGGCGCCCCUUGGGGUCUCGCCCGUAUCUCCCACCGCGAGCAGCUCCACCUCUCCACCUUUACCAAGUACCUCUACUACUCUGAGGGUGGCGAGGGUGUGACCGCCUACGUCAUCGAUACUGGUAUCAACGUCGACCACGUCGAGUUUGAGGGCCGAGCCAGGUGGGGCAAGACCAUCCCCAAGAACGACGUCGACAAGGACGGGAACGGUCACGGUACUCACUGUGCUGGCACUAUCGCUUCCAAGAAGUACGGUGUCGCCAAGGCUGCCGAGGUUGUCGCUGUCAAGGUCUUGGGUUCUAACGGUUCUGGUACUAUGGCCGAUGUCGUUGCUGGUGUUCUCUGGGCUGCUGAGCAGGCUGCCAAGGACGCCGAGAUUGCCGCCCACGAGGUCGCCGCCACCGGCAAGACCAAGCGCAAGGGUUCCGUCGCCAACAUGUCUCUUGGUGGUGGUAAGGCUCAGUCUCUCGAUGACGCCGUCAACGCUGCUGUCGAGGCUGGUCUUCACUUUGCCGUUGCCGCCGGCAACGACAACAAGGACGCCUGUAGCUACUCUCCCGCUGCUGCCCAGAAGGCCGUCACCGUCGGUGCCUCUACCCUCGGCGACGACCGUGCCUACUUCUCCAACCACGGCAAGUGCGUCGACAUCUUUGCCCCCGGCCUCAACAUCCUCUCCACCUGGACUGGCGGCAACGAGACCACCAACACCAUAUCUGGUACCUCCAUGGCUUCUCCCCACAUCUGCGGUCUCCUCGCAUACCUUCUUUCCAUCCACGGUACCGAGACUUUCACCCUCCUCGAGUCUGACCUCGAGGCCGAGUCCACCUCUGGUAUCUACGCCAAGGCUUAUGCCCAGGCUUGGAGCCUCCUUCCCGGUCUUGCGCAGAGCAUCCUCCCCGCGCCCGAGACUGAGCUUUUGAGGCCCGUCCCCAAGGAGGACUUGACCCCCGCUCAGCUCAAGAAGGCUCUCAUCAAGCUCGCCACCCCUGGUGUGUUGAGCGACUUGCCUUCUGGCACCCCCAACCUCUUGUCUUUCAACAACGCCACCUUGCCCAAGAGCAAGUAA